AUGGAGUGUAUACACUCUGUGCUAUGACUUCUGGGAUGAGACAGAACUGGAUCCAAGCAGUACUGAAGAAUGUAAGGCCUAGUCUUGCACCUGACAUCGCAAGCUCGCUUCCAGAGGAGUCAACUCAACAGAAAUCCCAGAAACCGGACUCACAGUCAGCGCUGGGUCUUGAGAAACACCCAGACAGCUUUCUGCAAGAGCACAAAACCAGUGACUAUGCAGAGGAAACACUCUCUGCCUCCUCUGUCUCUCCCAUCAGUCCUCCACAGCAAGUGGAAGAGAGUGAAGGUGAUUCCUGUCAUCAAUGUACACUUCUUGUUGACAAACAGAAUGGUGUGACAGAUGCAUUGUUGUGCUCUGAAAGAGCUGGAAGUGACAGGUCUACUUCCACAACAAUGCAGUCAAAUGACUGUUUGGAAGAGCAGGCAGAUGUGCAGAGUGAAACUCAGCCGCAAGUUAAAACUACCACCCAGAGUGAUGAGAUAAACAAGAGCUGUCAGUGUACGAAAGAGAAGGAAAACCUGUCCUGUAAGCAACAAACUGGGCAACUUGUCAAGGAGCUGGAACAAACACAGAAGGAACUCUCUCGACUCCAGCAGUUAAACAGGAAUCUGGAGGAUGAACUACAACAAGUGAGAGAGAGUCAUUUAAGGGAACAGGUUCAUCCACAGGUAAAACACCGAAGACUCAGAGAUAUUAUAAAUAAGUAAAUAUUAUAAAUAUAUAAAUAUUCAUUAUUUUUAGUACCACUAGUCAAUUUGAAGGUGAUGCACUUGUAAUCCCUACUGCAA